AUGCAAGCAUCAACGAGAGAAAGGAAGCGGGCGGCCGAUCGCGAAGCCCAACGGAUCAAUCGCGCUCGAACCAAGGAAUAUAUUGAGCAAUUGGAGAGAACCAUCGAAAGUUUCGUCGGUCAGAAUGGCAGCCAACUCGUGGAAGAAAAUUAUAGAAAACAACGCAAGCAGUUGAGUGACUUGCAAGGUACAUUGAAGAAGAUAGCCCGCAUCGCGGACAAUGCCGCCAACCAAGAAACGGUUCCCUCCCCCGAUGAAUCGGCUGAAGGUAGCAAGUCACAAAGCGUCCAGCGGAAGCUGUCUCCGUACAAUUAUCUAGGGGAGUCCGAUGCCCCUAGCAGCAGUAUUACGGGCUAUAUCCCUGCCCCACAGACAAGCCUUCAUCCGGAUGACUUCUUUGGGAUGGACUUCAACUGUAGCGACCGUGAGAGGAACUAUCUUUUGAUGCUUGGGAGCGCAUUCAACCUAAUUGGAGGGAGCUCUGGUUAUAAUGUAUUUGCUGGCACGUCUCCAACAGCAGAUGACGACCUUUGCAUUCGUGCCGUUGUGGAUGGUUGGGACGCUGCAAAAGACAGACAUUCAUUUGAUCCUGGAUGGAGGCUUCUCUUUGCUGUUGACCAGGGCCUUAUCUAUAGAGCUGAUGCGAGCACGAGAGUUGCCAUGCUACGAAUAAUGAGGUCUUUGCUGCUCCAAAAGUCAGGCUCCAAUUAUGGGGUGCAGUCUGCCGUCCCUGAGUACAUGCGUGCAAGCCAUAUCCAGACUACUAUUCCGCAUGCCCCAUUCCUUGACUAUUUUCCGCUUCCGCAAUUUCGCGAUUACUGGAUUCUGGAGGGUAUUGACUACGCGUCCGAGAGCUGCGCGGUCGAAUUUAUUACGAGAAUCCACUUCGCGUGGCCGUUCGAAAUUAGAGAUGUCUUUUUAAAAGAGGUUUCAACUGGAAACUACCUCUUCUCGCACGAGUUCAGCAAGAGAUACCAUGAUCCCGAGUGCUGGGAUUUUAAUAAUCUUAGAGUGCCUAUGCAGCUCUUGAAUUCCAAUCCAACAACUAUCGACCCUCAACUUGGAACAGCAGAUGACUUGUUGUCUUUCUUCGAACCCGGCAUUGAGGAGAUUUGA